CCCCAGCCGACUCCCGUCGGGGAGUUGCCAAGGAACGGCGCACGGACGCCGAGACGGGCCCCGGCGGUCACUAUGGCGGCCGCGGCGGACUCGCUGUGGGAGGACAGGGACGUCCGCUUCGACAUCUCCUCUCAGCAAAUGAAAAUGAGACCAGGAGAAAUUCUCAUUGACUGUUUGGAUCCUAUUGAAGAUACCAAAGGAAACAAUGGAGAGAAAGGCAGACUUUUGGUAACAAACUUGAGAAUUAUUUGGCACUCCAUAGUAUUGCCUAGAGUCAACCUCUCUGUUGGCUACAAUUGCUUUGUAAGCACAACAACAAGAACUGCUAACUCGAAAUUAAGAGGCCAGACAGAAGCACUUUAUAUAUUAACCAAAUGUAACAAUACACGUUUUGAAUUCAUAUUUACAAAUGUGGUUCCUGGAAGCCCCAGACUUUUUGCCUCUGUUAUUGCUGUACACAGAGCUUAUGAAACUUCAAAAAUGUACCGUGAGCUUAAGCUGAGAUGUGCAUUAAUUCAAAACAAGCAGUUGAGAUUGUUACCCAAAGAACAAGUAUAUGACAAAAUAAAUGGUGUCUGGAAUUUAUCUAGUGAUCAGGGAAAUCUGGGUACCUUUUUUGUUACAAAUGUAAGAGUAGUUUGGCAUGCUAAUAUGAAUGACAGCUUUAAUGUCAGUAUCCCAUAUCUACAAAUUCGUUCAGUAAAGAUCAGAGACUCAAAAUUCGGCUUGGCACUUGUCAUUGAGAGUUCUCAGGCGACUGGUGGUUAUGUGCUUGGAUUUAAGAUUGACCCAGUGGAAAAACUAGAGGGAACAGCAAAAGAAAUAAAAUCAUUGCAUCAAGUCUUUUCAGUUAAUCCUAUAUUUGGAGUAGAUUACGAAAUGGAAGAGAAGCCUCAGCAGCUAGAAGAUCUGACAGUGGAACAGAUACAGGAUGAUGUAGAGAUUGAGGCAGAUGAGCAGACAGAUGCUUUUGUGGCUUAUUUUGCUGAUGGAAAUAAGCAACAGGACCGUGAGCCUGUUUUUUCUGAAGAGUUGGGGCUCGCCAUAGAAAAACUAAAAGAUGGCUUCACACUGCAAGGACUCUGGGAAGUAAUGGGUUGACAUUAUUUCAAAAUCUGUGUAGUCUCAAAAAGUCAUGUAUUGAAAAAGCUACAGCUCCCUGUUUUAUAGAGAUGAUUAUAUUUUAAAGAAAACUAUUACAAGAAGGAAGAGAUAAUGAUGUACAGUGUAUAGUUGUCAUGUUAUAAUAAAAUAUAUUGGAUUAUAUAUUCAUGGAAUGUACAGUUGUGUAAUUGUAUACAUUGCUUUCAGUGGUUACAUUUAAAAUUAUUUAAAAAUAUUUGAUUAUUUAGAAUAUGUGUUGGUCUCACAUGAGUGUAAAUAAAAAUAUUUUUAAGAAAAUAACAUGA